CAGCUCCAGCAGCCCGCCUGCUCGCGCACUCGCUCGCGGUGCCCGCUGCCCGCCGCCCACCACCCGGCUCUGGGCUGCUGGCAGCUCCGGCUACUGGCCCGGCGCUCUGGCGUGGCUCGGGCUCCAGAGGACAGGACUGAGCGACUGGCCGGCGGAGCCCUGGGCGGGCCGCAGAGGCAGGGCCCGGGAUGGCACUCUCAGUGACAGGGCUCAUCGUCUUCUCCCUCCUGCAAGCCGUCCUCUCUUUGAACCCCGAGGACCCCAACGUGUGCAGCCACUGGGAGAGCUAUGCCGUGACUGUCCAAGAAUCAUACGCGCACCCCUUCGACCAGAUCUACUACACACGAUGCACAGACAUCCUCAACUGGUUCAAGUGCACCAGGCACCGGAUCAGCUAUAAGACAGCGUAUCGGCGCGGCCUCCGGACCAUGUACCGGCGGAGGUCCCAGUGCUGCCCUGGCUACUACGAGAACGGAGACUUCUGCAUACCCCUGUGUACGGAGGAGUGUGUGCACGGCCGCUGCGUCUCCCCGGACACCUGCCACUGCGAACCCGGCUGGGGAGGGCCCGACUGCUCCAGUGGCUGCGACAGUGACCACUGGGGACCCCAUUGCAGCAACCGGUGCCAAUGCCAGAAUGGCGCCCUGUGCAACCCCAUCACCGGGGCCUGCGUGUGUGCUGCUGGCUUCCGAGGCUGGCGCUGUGAAGAGCUCUGUGCUCCCGGCACCCACGGCAAGGGCUGCCAGCUACCGUGCCAGUGCCACCACGGUGCCAGCUGCGACCCCCGCACUGGCGAGUGCCUCUGUGCACCUGGCUACACCGGUGUCUACUGCGAGGAGCUGUGCCCGCCUGGGAGCCACGGGGCUCACUGUGAGCUGCGCUGCCCCUGCCAGAACGGGGGCACCUGUCACCACAUCACUGGCGAGUGUGCCUGCCCCCCAGGCUGGACGGGAGCAGUGUGUGCCCAGCCCUGCCCACCAGGGACAUUUGGUCAGAACUGCAGCCAGGACUGUCCUUGCCACCAUGGAGGGCAGUGUGACCACGUGACUGGGCAGUGUCAUUGCACAGCAGGAUACAUGGGGGACAGGUGCCAAGAGGAAUGCCCCUUUGGGACCUUCGGCUUCCAGUGCUCUCAGCGCUGUGACUGUCACAACGGGGGCCAGUGUUCGCCCACCACCGGCGCCUGCCAGUGUGAGCCUGGCUACCAAGGCCCUCGCUGCCAGGAGCGGCUAUGCCCCGAGGGCCUGCACGGCCCGGGCUGCUCCUUGCCCUGCCCCUGCGACAACGACAACACCAUCAGCUGCCACCCAGUAACUGGAGCUUGCACCUGCCAGCCGGGCUGGUCUGGCCACCAUUGCAAUGAGUCCUGCCCUGCCGGAUACUAUGGCGAUGGCUGCCAGCUGCCUUGCACCUGCCAGAACGGCGCCGACUGCCACAGUGUCACUGGGAGCUGCACUUGUGCCCCAGGCUUCAUGGGGGAGGUCUGUGCAGUUCCCUGUGCAGCGGGGACCUACGGCCCCAACUGUUCAUCCGUCUGUAGCUGUAACAACGGUGGUACCUGCUCCCCAGUGGAUGGCUCCUGCACCUGCAAGGAAGGGUGGCAGGGUCUCGACUGUACCCUGCCAUGUCCCAGCGGGACGUGGGGCCUCAACUGCAAUGCCAGCUGCGCCUGUGCCAAUGGGGCAGCCUGCAGCCCCUCGGACGGCUCCUGCUCCUGCACCCCCGGCUGGCUGGGAGACACCUGCGAGCUGCCCUGCCCGGAUGGUACGUUUGGGCCGAACUGCAGCGAGCGCUGCGACUGCAGCCAUGCCGACGGCUGCCACCCCGUCACAGGCCACUGCUGCUGCCUGGCCGGGUGGACAGGUGUCCGCUGUGACAGCACGUGUCCACCAGGUCGCUGGGGCCCCAACUGCUCAGUCUCCUGCAACUGCGAGAACGGCGGCUCCUGCUCCCCGGAGGAUGGGAGCUGCGAGUGUGCCCCUGGUUUCCGAGGACCCUUAUGCCAGAGAAUCUGCCCCCCGGGGUUCUACGGCCACGGCUGCGCCCAGCCGUGCCCCCUCUGCGUGCACAGCAGCGGGCCCUGCCACCACGUCAGCGGCACCUGUGAGUGCCUCCCCGGCUUCUCUGGAGCUCUCUGCAACCAAGUGUGUGCUGGAGGGCACUUUGGGCAGGACUGUGCCCAGCUCUGUUCCUGUGCCAACAAUGGGACCUGCAGCCCCAUCGAUGGCUCCUGUCAGUGCUUCCCUGGAUGGAUUGGCAAGGACUGCUCACAGGCUUGCCCAGCUGGGUUCUGGGGCCCUGCCUGCUUCCACACAUGCAGCUGCCACAACGGGGCGCGCUGCAGCGCGGAGGACGGGGCCUGCCACUGCACCCCUGGCUGGACUGGACUCUUCUGCACGCAGCGCUGCCCAGCAGCAUUUUAUGGGAAGGACUGUGGGCGUGUGUGCCAGUGUCAGAACGGAGCCAGCUGUGACCACAUCAGCGGCAAGUGCACCUGCCGCACAGGCUUCACCGGGCAACAUUGCGAGCAGAGAUGCGCUCCAGGAACCUUUGGCUACGGGUGUCAGCAGCUAUGUGAGUGCAUGAACAAUGCCACCUGUGACCACGUCACCGGCACUUGUUAUUGCAGCUCCGGAUUCAAAGGAAUCAGGUGUGACCAAGCUGCCCUCAUGAUGGAGGAGCUGAAUCCUUACACCAAGAUCAGCCCGGCGCUGGGUGCGGAGCGGCACUCGGUGGGCGCCGUCACAGGCAUCAUCCUCCUGCUGUUCCUCCUCGUGGUGCUGCUGGGCCUGUUCGCCUGGCGCCGGCGACGGCAGAAAGAGAAAGGCCGCGACCUGGCUCCCCGCGUCUCCUACACGCCGGCCAUGAGGAUGACCAGCACUGACUACUCCCUCUCAGGAGCUUGUGGAAUGGAUAGACGUCAAAACACAUACAUUAUGGACAAAGGCUUCAAAGAUUACAUGAAAGAGUCUGUGUGCAGUUCUAGCACUUGUUCCUUGAAUAGCAGUGAAAACCCUUACGCCACAAUUAAGGACCCACCCGUCCUCACCUGCAAGCUUCCAGAAAACAGCUAUGUAGAAAUGAAGUCGCCUGUGCACAGGGGGUCUCCGUACACAGAUGUGCCAUCCUUGUCGACAUCUAAUAAAAAUAUAUAUGAAGUUGAGCCCACAGUCAGUGUGGUCCAAGAAGGCCGUGGUCAUAACUCCAGCUAUAUCCAGAAUCCAUACGACCUACCUAGGAACAGCCAUAUUCCUGGUCAUUAUGACCUCCUCCCCGUAAGACAGAGCCCUGCCAGUGAGCCCUUCCAGGACAAGCAGUCUUACGAGGGAUAAGCUUCUCUCUUCCAAUGUGCUCUGCUGAACAUUCUCUGACUCUCUGAAAGAAGACAAUCCCUUGACUUCUAAUAAUGGUACAGACUGACUCCAGCUGCGUGUUAGUUAUUACUUUCACCUGAAACUAAAGAAGAGCUUCCAAGUGGGACUGGGGUAUUGUUCAAAUGGUCUGUUCCCAAAGGCAAACCCUACCUCCCACCCAACCCCAACCCCAGAUGCCUUGGAUUAUGUAUUUCAAAACAUUCAGGAUACAGCUGCUCAACAUCAGCUAAAUAUAGCUAAAUAUAUUUAUUUAUAUAUUUAAUUAUCUGAAACAUGAUGCUUAAAAAGUAUGUAGAAUAGGUUUCACAAACCUUCCUGGGGGAAAGGGGAGUGGGGAGGAGAGAGGAUUAAUUUAAAAUACCAGAAAUAUGUAUGUACUUCUAGCUGCUGUUAUCAUCAACACCUGUUUGAUUACCUAAGAUAAUUAGUACACAGACACAAAUUGUGUUAAUACCAAUCCUAAAGUACCUGUACAUACAUAUCUGGUCCAUCAAAUUACAACGGUCAAGAUUACAGAGUUUAUUACAUAGUUCAAUGCUAACAACUUCAAUUUUUAAAAGACUUAAAUAAAUAGAAAUUAAUUUUCCCUCUUCUGCCCCUGCUGGUGGAAGAAGAAAAUGAGUUUUCAAAGCUCAACAGCCUCUUCCAGUCUAUGACGGUAUUUCUGGAUCCGCUUUUUACCAACUCCUGCCAACCCAAUGUUCCAGAACAUUGCAAGUCACCCUUGGCCUUGUCGUCCACCCAACACCCUAGUCAUUCCAUGGGAAAUAAAACAGAUGAUGCUUUAAGCAAGCAGUCACAGGCCGACAAGGAUUAAGUACCCCUAAAAAUGGCUAUGUGGCCUCUCAAAUUUAUUUGGUUGGCAUUCCUCGACUGACUCAGAAGACUGCGUGCUUUCAAGCAUUUCUUCAUUUUUCUGAGUUUGAUGUAAUAUGAAACCUAAAAGUGUAGAGGAAAUUAGACAAAAGAGGGUAUGUUAAGUUUAAAUUGCUUAAAGUACAUUAUGCUUUUUGAUGAAACUAAAUUGAAAUGAUCAAAGAAAGAAUGGAAUGUUGUCGGGCUGCUGCAACAUGAUGUAAAAACUUGACAGUAAACAGCAUGAAGGAUGUGAAGUACUUCUACCUUCUACCAUCAGCCCACCACCUGCUGAGAUGGCCCAAACCGAAUUACAAUGAGCUAAUGCUCCAGCUCCCAGUAUUCAAAUGUGUCCAUACCUGUCAUUACUAAUGUAUGCAGGUAAACUGGGGCUCAGAUGAGUCAAAAUGGAGCCAACUCCCAAGCCCUAAAGAGGAAGGACCUUCUCACAAGAAUUAAAGACGAAAGGGCAAAGUGAGAACACUGAUGGCCAUCCCUGUACCACUGUAUUCUCUGACAACAGUUCAGCUAGUAAAAAUACUUCCAAAAGGUAUACAAAAAAGAACUACAUGACUGCAAAGCUGGAGUAACUGCUACAGGAAGUGUGGGAGUUCUGAAACCCUUGAUACAAAUUGGAAGUCUGCCAUGGAACCCAUUAGUUUGGGAAAUAACCAGCAAAAGGAAGAAAAAUGAUGAGUAAAUGCCCCUCCCCCACUUGACUCAAGGCUUAAGCAAAUGUUGUUAGGGGAAAAUAUCUAAUACUUAACAUGAAUGCUGCAUGUGUGCAUGGGAGCAAGUGAUCAGCAAUAGCAAAUUUACUUUCCAAAAAUGCCUUAUUAAAUAUAAAUACUAGAAAAGUACUUUGUAGACCGAAGUAAAUAUUUCUCAUAUAUAUGUAGAAAGAAGUAUAGAUAAGAGACUUACCUCAGUAUUUCAAGGCAGCAAGUACUCAAUUAUCUUCGUGAAGCAAGGACUGAGAAUCAUGGUGAAGUCAGAUCAGCAAGGAGAAACGCCAUCUCAAUCGCAGGUUUUAUCUUCUUCCCCCCCCUGCAUGUAAGUAAUUGCUGCCUGGCACGCUGCAAACAAGCACCAUCACCCACCCAAGUUUCAAGUUUCACCUCUCUUUUGCCAACUAUCUUCUGCGCAAAUUUCAGCAAGAGGUGGCAUGGUGGAAUUGCUAAAGCACUGGGUCAAGAGAUUUGAAUGUUACUUGCCCUCUUGGGGCUCUUUUUACACCUGUAUGUUAAAAAAAAUGGAGUAGCAAAGAGGGGGGUAAGGGAACCCUAAAACCCUUCAGCUCUAGCAUUCUCAUUUUUAAAGAAAUGCACUGCAAAUUAAAUCAGGCAAUACAGGAACAGGGAAAGACAGAGGGUGUGAUUAAUCGAUGGUGACAACUGUUGUCUUCACAUUAUCUAAGAGUUACUAGUAAAAGACAUUUCAAUCUUACAGAGCAACUAUUAGGAACUUCUGUCUAGCACUGCCGCAAGUAAGUUCAUGGUCGGCCUAAAUGCACUAUGCAUUGUAUUGACAGCUUGGGAAGAUCUGUGCAGUUAGUUUACAGAAACUAAGUUUUCACUCAAAGUGAUCUGCAUAUAAUUCAAAUGAAUGAAGAAAAUACAAUUAUUGUGUAAUAGCAUAAGUGUGACUAUGAAAUGGCAAUACUUUUUUAAACAACCCAGAUUUAUAUUUGUUCACUGUGCAGAGGGAUCAUACCUUGUACAAAAUAAAAUUAAUUUCUCAAACUAAUUUA